CCGAAUCUUGCGAUCUUGUCAGUUGCAUUCACUGCUAAUGACAUUAAUUUAACAACUGUUUACUUUGUGGCCAAAGCAGAUGACAAGCUUAAUCAAUCUGUCAUUACGUUUCAUUUACGGAUUUUAAUUACUGUAAUUAAUAAUGAUGUUGUCUUUAUAAACCGAACCUGUGACAAGACUGAUUUGAAACAUCUCGAUCAACCAUCACGAAAGGAGUCCAAUAAUCGUAAACCCCUCCCAGUAGCUAUGGCAGGACUCGAAGCCCGAAACUUUCUCAAAGUUCUCUUUUUGAUGUCUGUCCCAGUUCUUGGCAAGUGUUCUACUAAACUUAACGUCUUUCUAGAUGCCCGAGAAGUUUCGCGUUUUCUCUACGAUCUGAACACGAACUUGUUCCUUGUUCAGGAUGGAGUUGUGGCCCCAAUACUGAAGACACCUAUUUUGUCGAGCAUGAUUCCACCCAUUGAACCUUAUAUUAAAGACCUCAAGUUCAAGUUCAAUGCUACUGGAAUGGUGCAGUAUUCUUUGAACUUCAAAUCGAGCAAUGAAACCAUUAUGAAACAUCCUACCGCUAACAUUCGUCUAAAUGGCUUGGUGCCCAGAAAAACCAAAGUUUUCCGAGUGAAAUUCCCAUGCACGGGGAAGGUAAUCGGAGGAGUCCUGCUGACAAUUAAUAUCAGCUUCGUUGACGUGGCCGGAAGUGAAAUAUGGGGUCCGCUGAGCCUCACUUUGAAGCGCCAAUGCGUCUCUGGCAACGACGACUUAAUCAACCGGUAUAACUCGACAGAAUCUGGAGAAGUAUCUCCGCUUCCUGCUCCGCAGAUUUGUAAUAAAAGAUGUAGCAAGAGACACGUUAUGAGACGGUUCUGUUUGAGCGAUUUUGUGAUCAAAGCCCGGAUGGAGUCUGAGGUCAUGAGAAAUGGUUUGCCUCGAUUACGACUUCGCAUAGCGCGCACGUACAAGCAGGGUAAAGUGAAGAUCAACAACAAAAACCAGCUAAUGGAAAAAAGAGGCCAGGAAAUCACGUGCAGCUGUAGUAACCUAAAGGUCAAUAAAGUCUACUUGAUCUUGGGUAAAGAGGACAAAAGAAAACGUGUGCUGUUUCUGGACAACUUUUCGACAGCACUGGAGUGGAACAAGAAUGGAAAGUCGUACGUAAAAACAUUCAGGAAUAGAAGCUCUUGUCCUGAGAGAAAAAUGCCUUAGAUCAAUAGGAAAAGAAACUUUUACGGACUCUAGAAAUGUUUACACACUUUAGACAGACUAAGUCGUUAUUUAGGAACUGUUCCAUAAAAGUAAAAGAUCUGUUUUCAUUGUCCAGUUGAUAUAGGAACUAAGUUAAACGUAAGGUUUAGUAAGAGCAUUUUCAACGAUAACACACGUGAGUUCAUCAUGAUGUUGUAUGACUAUUUUUGACCAAGGUAUCCAUAAGGUUAUUGACAAUGUCAUUUUAAUUUAAUGGCUAUAAUAGUCUCACGAUCCCUGAGCACCACCAUAAACUUAACUCCAGUUGAGCAAUUAUGGUUAGUGCAAGUGAUAAAGUCGAUGUAAGUUCCCCUUUUAGAUUUUUUAGAUGUGUCUUUAAUAUAGAGAGUAACUGAGAGUUGGUAUUCUUAAAAUAAACACUUACGCAUGCCAUCAGAGAUCUAAAAUAAAAAAAUAUAUAUGUAAAUAAAUUACAAUGUUUAGAG